AUGGCGACUGUCAUCUCUUCGUCUCUCCUCCCCUCCUCCUCCCGGCGCCAUGGUGCCGGGGCCCUGGUUUCUCGGCGCGUUCCCUCCAGCAAGUGCAGGAUCGCCCUCCGAUCUCAAGGCCGCGUGGUCUCCGCCGCUGCGUCCGCCGCUCAGCCGGCAGUGGGGGCGCCGGAGGAUCUCGUCGAGUCCGUGCUCUCCAAGGUUUCGAUCCGCCGCCCAACCGCCUACUCGUAUUUUGCAGACACGGAAGGGCAGUGUUUAGAGGAGGGGAUUAGGCGACGAAUCCGUGGGAAGAGGUAGUCACAGGAACCCUAGUGGUGAUUGCAGGUGAAGGGAACGGAUCGGGGAGUCCUGCUGAGCAAGGAAGGCCACGCGCAAGUGGACAAGUUGACGGCGGAGCUCUCCAAGUGCUGCGUGGAGGAGCCCGUCAAGUGUCCCCUUAUAUUCGGAGGUAAAGAACGGAUUAUCGCCUGGAAAUCGAAUUGAAACACAAACAUAGCAAAUAUAUAUGUAGAGAAGAUACUAAUUCUUCGGUGGACCGUACUUGGUGAGAUGUCAUUAGUAAAAGUCAAUGGAAGUUUAGAGUAGUUUUUGUUUAUACGCAAUCGGUAUGCAUCUCCUGAUCCGGUUCAUGUUAACUAUGUUGAACUCCUACUCAAGAACUGCCGCUUUCAACUUGCCUGGCAACAGCGUCUAUCUUUCAACUUGCCUGCCAACUGCCGCUUUCAGUGAACUGCAUUGAAUCUGGCAAUCAUCGACAAUCUUUCGAGGGUGUGACUUCAAUUAUUGUUGAAAUGGGAUCGAUGUCUGCAUUUUAGAUCUGGAAGAAUUUUAUAUCAUUCAUUUUGUGUUACAGGGAUGAAAAUUAGUUGUGUUCCUCCAAACAUUAGAUAAAAAAUCUGCGGAUAAAUCUUAUUUCAUAAAUUUAAGCUCAAUGGGGAUUCUAUUUCCGUAGAAUGUCGGAUUAGAUAAUUCGUUCAUGCUGGCGUUAUCCUUGUUCCUACUGUUCAUCAUUUCUCCUCAUUCGAAGGACAAUAAUCAGUACUCACACCGUAGAUCAGAGUGACAUCAUCUCCUUGUUGAUCUUAUUUCUUGAUGUAUAGAAUGGGACGUGGUGUACUGCUCAAACCCAACAUCUCCUGGAGGCGGCUACCGGAGCACUAUUGGCCGCCUCAUCUUCAAGACAAAUGAAAUGAUUCAAGUCGUGGAAGCUCCGGAUUCUGUGAAGAACAGGGUUUCGUUCUCUGUGUUUGGUUUCCUUAACGGGAAGGUCUCCCUAAAUGGUAAAUUUUUCAAUCUCCAGAACCCAGAUCUGCUUCUUACAGCAACCAUUUAAAAGCUGUGCAGCUGCUUGAAAAUUAUUUGGAGUUUUUUUUUAAAUUUUGAACAUCAUCAUUUGAUCAGCAAACCCCAUAUAUUGGACUAAGUUUCUGGGGAAUCAUAGUGCGAUGAUUUCUUCUCAUUUCAUGUUCUUCUACUUAUAUCCAUCUAUACUCUCCUUUCUUCAAUCCCCAUGGUAUAAUCUAAUGAUUUUUUCUCAUCUCAUAUUCUUCCGCUUCUAUCAUUUUAUAUUCCCAUUUGUUCAUCCCCUUGUUCACACUUCACAUCUUUAACUACCCUGAUGUUGGCAUGAGAAUUAUAAUACAAUAAUAUUUUUUUUCUGAUUUCAUUUCACCCUGCUUGUAUCAAUCUGUGUUCCCAGUUCAUACAAACACUCUGCGUCGUCAUCUGCACUUGAUUAUUUGUUCUUAUCCCCAGAGGCCAGGAUAAGGUUUCAGAAAAUAGAAUAGAAUAAUAAUAAUAAUAAUAAUAAUAAUGAUAAUGAUAAUGAUAAUAAUAAUAAUAAUAAUAUAUUCUCAUUCCAUAUUGGCCUGGUUUUUCCGACUGCUUGUCAUCUCUGUCCAUGUGAUCCAACCUUGGCAUUUAUUCCCUUCCAGGAAAGCUGAAGGUGCUGAGCGAUAAGUGGAUUCAAGUCAUAUUCGAACCCCCCGAGCUGAAGAUCGGAGCGUUUGACUUCCGAUACGGUGGCGAGAGCGAGGUCAAGCUAGAGAUCACCUACGUUGACGAGAAAAUCCGGCUGGGGAAGGGAUCCAGAGGUUCUCUCUUCGUCUUCCGGAGACUCGGAUAG